AUGCUUCUAGAAAGUAUCGGUCUGGGGAGAUCUCAUCAUCGUGAUUCUAGACAUGCUCUUUCACGUCUGAAUAAUCGCCAGGGUUCAACCUCUGGUUGCUACGAUAUCCGCCACGAGAAAAAUGGAGUUCACUGGGAGGGCUGUCCAAAUUUCAACCCUAAUUCAAGACAAAUGACAACUAUAGAUCAACUGUCGAUGAAUCGGAUAAGAGAUUCUGGUACAGAAAUUCCCAUACUUGGGGAUCUAACCUCUUCAAUGGGAUUACCUUCACUUCAACGAAAUUAUUCCAGCCCAGGUGAAAGAUAUAUGGAAGGAUCGGGUGGUAUAGAAGCUCUUGCAAUAGGAGGAAUAGGUCCAAGAUCUAGAAGCAUCGGUCGAAACCCAGGAGGUCUUGAGGCCCUCAGAAUCGGUAAUCAAGAUCUUCGUAAUCGGAACUCUAGCUUGGAGAAGCAAUACCCAGCAGGGCUCGAACAUUUUGAAGAAAUUGAUAGGAGAAGACGGCAAUCACCUCUACGAUCAAAUGAAUAUGCAGCCUUUGAACACGUUAUGGACCGCAACAUGACACCCAGAUCGCCAAAUCGAGGAAUUCCCAGUUCAAGCCGUCAAUAUUCACUCGGAGAAACUUCUCCCACUCCACGCAUGCAACAUCGAUACCGCUCCCCACGCAUCCCAAUCUUACCACCACAAUUCCAAGAUUUCGGACCUGGUCCUCCUGAAUUCGUAAUGGCGCCAGAACAUCAAGGCGCUCUAUAUUAUCCAAACUCUUCACGUCGCUCCCACCGUUCCACACCCCGCAUGAUGUACAACGAAAUGACCAUGGGGGAUCCGCGAACCCAGCAUAGUACAGUUCAGCAAAGUCCCAACCCUUUGAUCUACGGCGAAAUGGACAGUCCACUUACAUCUUCCCGGUACGGAUCUAUCCAUUCUCCCUUAGGAAGUGGAAGCAGUGCAGAUUUGCGACGGGAGAUGGACAUUGAACGACGGGAAAUGGGGAGAGAAGGGAUGACGCCGUUCACUACUUAUGAUACUGGUAAUCUGAAUCAUAGAGGUGGUCAUGACGGUCGUGUGGAUACAAAUUACCAAUCUCCAUAUGUAGAAGAUUGGGUUAGUGAAGUGGGAAUAGGAAUGGGACAAGAUGAAAUGAUACAGAGACAAGCUACGAUGGAGGGAGGAGGAUUAGGAUUUUUUUAUGAUGAGACGGUUGGAAUGGAUGACGGAUAUCGUAGGUCUAGGUUAAUGUGA